GACCGGACUUCUGUUUGCCGACGUCUUUCAGUCAUGCCGCAGUUGUGGUGGUUUCUUUGGGCCCUGUUUCGCGGUGCACUGGGGGGUCCGGUUCAGCGCGGGACGUGGUUGGAACCAGUGAGGACCGAUGCGGGGAGAGCCCCGCGCACUCCGUCCCACCACCUGCCCAUGUUCCUGCACUCACCUGGGCCUCUCGUGUCAGCGGAGCUGCUGCGGCCGGUUCCUCACAGGAGUCCGUUUCCCGCCGAACUCACCGAGCUGCUGAACCCGCCCGCGGGGGCGGCAGAGCAGCGCGUCCAGGUCGCGUGGGCGCGCGCCGUGCAGGUCUACUGCGGCGCCGAUAGAGUCUCUGUGCGCGUGGACCGCUCCCAGCUGCGCGCGUGGACGGCUCCGUCGCUGUUCUACCUGGGCUCGUGCCCGGCCAGCCAGGUCGACCCGCGCGCACUGUACUUCCACUACCGCCUGACGCAGUGCGGCGCGGAGCCCGCGGUUGUUGGUGGUCAGCUGGUGUACACCCACAUACUGCGUUAUAUUCCACCACCACAAGGCCACGUCAUCAGAGUGCUGCCGCUCAGCCUUCCCAUCCAUUGCCAUUACAACAGGUUUCAUUACUCUUACCAAGUUGGCUUCAAACCUCAAGUUUGGCCCACAACCUUUGUGAAGAGCAUCAGGAGCAAACUCAAGUACAUCCUCACAGUCUCCAAUGGCGGGGGGCAGCCCGUCCCUCCAGACCACUGGUUCUAUUUAGGGGAGCCGGUGUUCUUCGUGGCCCGGGCAGAAGUUCUGUUGGCCGGGGAGACGCUUUACGUGAACUCGUGCUACGCCACAAGCUCCAAGGACCCAAGCAGCACGCCCAGUGUGGACAUCAUUUCUAACUACGGCUGCAUGACAGACAGCCGGCGAGAGGACAGCAGCUCUCGCUUCCUGGCUAGAGAGGGCGAUGUGGUGAAGUUCUCUGUGGAUGCCUUUCUCUUCACAGCAGUCUCACAAGUUCUGUACCUCCACUGUUCAAUGUCAAUCGGUCUCACCGCUUCCCCAAAAUCAAAGUCCUGCAAUUACAACAAGACCGCUAGCAGGUGGGAGGAGCUGCAGGCCACAGACCCAGUAUGCUCCUGCUGUGAUUCCAUGUGCCACCUUCACGAUCCUAUCAAGAACACAGCCAGCAGUCCAGGCUGGCACGUCAGACAGAAGAAUGAACAGAAACCAAGGAUGGCUGCGUCUUCUCCAGCAGAGGGAGGAAGAGAACGGGCCAGCAAUAAGAGUGACGAGCACCAUCAAAGAUUCCAGCUGUUUUCACAGGGGAAAGAGUUGAUGCCAGAGGAGGAAAAUGAUGGAGACCUCCCUGAGGGAAAUGCAGAGGAUAUAAAAUGGAAGCACAGCGCUGAGGUCGGCCUGCAGGAGGAGGGAGAGACAGAAGAGGUGGUAAUGGAAAAAGAAUGGGAUGGCGAUGGCAUUGAGUCUGACCAGAAUAGGUCAGAACAGGUCGCUGCUACGAGAAAUGGUUCUGUAAGUAGUUUGCCCACUGGCAACAGUAACGCUAAGGCAUCACAAGUUGAUUCAGUUACCACAAAUAUUACAAGAAAUUCCAGUUCUGCUGAAAAUGAUCCUAGAGCUGUAAUUCCUGACAUGAACCUUUGUACUGAAGAUUAUCAAACAAGCUGUACGACCACUAACACAGCAGGACACAAUGCCAAGUCUGUCGUGGGCACCGAGUCCCGAGGCCAAGCAGGAGAUUCUUUUCACAGCAAAGGACCAUAUGGUUAUACUACACUUCAGAGCCUGAAGACCGGAGGGAUGGAAUCAGACCAGACCGCUGUUCAGCCAGCAGACUUCACGGACUGGUUACUUGGUGACUUCCAGUUUGAUCCCGAAAUUGAGGGUUCUGGUUCUUUUGGUUCAGAAGAAACUCACAAACGUGGUUCCAGUCACUCUGCCAUGGUGACCAUCACCAGUGCCCUGCAGGGCCCUGAGCGCAGCGUGGAGGGGGCGCUUGGAUGGGGCAUGCAGACUUUAGGGUUUGUGGUCGAGCAGCCGGCAGAGGAGAUGUGAGCUGAUGGGUGACUUCUAUUAAAGAGGAAGCUGGAAUGGGACAAAGAUGUGUUUGGGCAGUAGAGUCCAAGUCAACAGCUCGCAGAAGAAUUCUGUCAGUCUUUCAUAUUUGCUCCCAAGUAGAACACCAAAUAAACAGAGCAGUGUUUUUGGAUUACGUUGGGUGUUCAUAUAGAGAAUGGGGGAAGUUGAGGCUGAGGAAUAGUUGACUUUGAUCUGUAAACGUAGCAUCAGCGAAGAGGAAAUGGGCACUUCAACAAUCUGUUAAUCUCAAGGGCUGCUGCUGAAGAGCUCGUCAGGCUCACAUGUCAAAACCGGAGCUGAACCAAAUGGUGAUGAGUCUGGUCAUCAGCUGGCAGUUCCUAUGGACCCUGGUUGAGAAACAAUAAACAAGACCUUCACCUAC